AUGUCGGACAGUGACCUGGGCGAGGAGGAAGGCCUCCUCUCCCUGGCAGGCAAGAGGAAGCGCAGAGGGAACCUGCCCAAGGAGUCGGUGAAGAUCCUCCGGGACUGGCUGUACCUGCACCGCUACAACGCCUACCCCUCAGAGCAGGAGAAGCUGAGCCUUUCUGGACAGACCAACCUGUCGGUGCUGCAGAUCUGUAACUGGUUCAUCAACGCCCGGCGGCGGCUCCUCCCAGACAUGCUUCGGAAGGAUGGCAAAGACCCCAACCAGUACACCAUUUCCCGCCGCGGGGGCAAGGCCUCCGAUGUGGCCCUCCCCCGAGGCGGCAGCCCCUCCGUGCUGGCUGUGUCCGUACCGGCCCCCACCAGCGUGCUCUCCUUGUCCAUGUGCUCCAUGCCGCUCCACUCGGGCCAGGGAGAUAAGCCAGGAGCCGCUUUCCCGCAAGGGGAGCUGGAGCCCCCCAAGCCUCUGGUGACCCCUGGGAGCACACUUACCCUGCUGACCAGGGCCGAAGCUGGAAGCCCCACGGGCGGACUCUUCAACACACCCCCGCCCACACCCCCGGAGCAGGACAAGGAGGACUUCAGCGGCUUCCAGCUGCUGGUGGAGGUGGCGCUCCAGAGGGCUGCAGAGAUGGAGCUCCAGAAGCAGCAGAACCCGUCACCCCCCUUGCUGCGCACUCCCAUUGCCUUAGUCCCUGAAAACCCCAAGUAG